UUGAGAAGAGAUACGCCGCUGUCAGGCCAAAUCGAAUGCUCGUGUCAUCGUUCUCUCGCUAUAACAGUAAACGACCUUUCGAUGAACUCUCCAGCGGUUUGGUGGGUAAAAGAAGCGGUGACACCUUUGAUGAAAUCUCCAGCGGGUUUGUUGGGAAAAGGAGACCUUUCGAUGAAAUUGGAAGCGGUUUUGUAGGAAAGCGACCAUUCGAUGAAGUCGGAAGCGGUUUUAUAGGGAAACGACCAUUCGAUGAAAUCGGAAGUGGUUUUGUAGGCAAGCGACCAUUUGAUGAAGUUGGAAGUGGUUUUAUAGGAAAACGACCAUUUGACGAAAUAGGCAGUGGUUUUGUUGGAAAACGACCAUUUGAUGAGAUUGGAAGUGGUUUUGUGGGGAAGAGACCGUUUGACGAAAUAGGAAGUGGUUUUGUGGGGAAAAGGCGGCCAUUUGACGAAAUUGGAAGUGGUUUUGUAGGAAAGAGGCGGCCCUUUGACGAAAUUGGAAGUGGUUUUGUAGGAAAGAGGCGGCCAUUUGACGAAAUUGGAAGUGGUUUUGUUGGGAAAAGACCAUUUGAUGAAAUUGGCGCCGGUUUUAUAGGGAAAAGACGCCCAUUCGAUGAAAUCGGAAGUGGCUUUGUAGGAAAACGAUCUUUUGAUGAAAUUGGAAGUGGAUUUAUAGGUAAAAGGCGACCAUUCGAUGAAAUUGGCAGCGGUUUUAUUGGGAAACGGCGACCUUUCGAUGAAAUUGGCAGUGGUUUUAUUGGGAAACGGCGACCAUUUGAUGAAAUCGGAAGUGGCUUUGUGGGAAAACGACCAUUCGAUGAAAUCGGAAGUGGCUUCGUAGGAAAACGACCAUUCGAUGAAAUCGGAAGUGGCUUCGUAGGAAAACGACCAUUUGAUGAAAUCGGAAGUGGUUUUAUAGGAAAGAGACCUUUUGAUGAAGUGGGAAGUGGAUUCAUCGGGAAACGAUCUGUCUCCAACGCGGUAAAUGCACACAGCAAGGAGAAUUCUCAAGCAAAGGAAUUCAAAAGCGUUUAA